AUGUGUUGGGACCUAACAGGGAAAUUGGAGGAGAACGAGCUCUUUAUCUGUGCAAGCAGCUUCCACUUCAUCCACUCGAUGCAAGAGGCAUCUCCGUUCUCUUUCCUUGAGCACGCAACUUCAUUCGCUCGGGAGUUAUGGUUCAACAAUUCGCCUAUUAGAUCAUGGUUGGAUGCAUUCUCCGCACACAGGCACAUAGGAGUUGCUAUUGGUAGAGCGCCUACUGAACUAAUAUCGGAUUUGUGUCAACUCGGAGCAAAGUACCGGAAGAAAUUUGGCUUCGAAUUCUUUACAACUACAAACAUGAGAGAUUCGCAUAGGAUACUGGCGGAGGUGAAGGCCCGAUGCGAGAACAAUAUCCUGGUUGAACUGGAUAUUGCGUCCAAACAGGAAUUCAUUUUCAUAGAAAGAAAACUUACUAAACUCUGGGAACGACUAUCUGAAGUGAAGCUUCAAGAGGACACAGACGACAUAGGGGAGAUAGUUCAAGACUCACUGGAAGAAGAACUACUGCCCAGCAAGAGUUCCGAUGAGAUUUCUUCGACCGGUCAAAAGACUUGUUUGAGAGAUUAUGACCUCAAUAAGACACCAGACGAGAACGAGAGACUUUGA